CUGUAUUGAUGCGUUGCUCCGCCAUGAUGUUUUGAAUCUUGCCGGGCAGCGACCACGCUGCAUUUAAAUAGGAGACUGAUGAGGGCGGUAAAAUGCCGUGCAACGUCUACAAUGAAGAAGAAGACGAAGAAGAAGCCCGCGGUGCAUUUUGGGUAAGUAGUAGCCCUGCUGUAUGCUCUGCCAUCAUAUUACACUGUAGGCGUGUUUAGUAUACUGCUCUUCCCUACUACGGUUUCGGACAUACUACAUACUAAUUUGGUCUACUACAAUCCAUACUACUUGACGCAACCCAGGAGCAAGAGGAGUAGUAGAGGAGCGGAAUGGAGGAGGACAAGCAGAACCCGGAGCACCGGAGCAACAAGGUCCCCAGAAGACAAGCAGCAGGCUCGUCCUCUGAUAGCAGCGAUGUUGAGGAGCAGAGAGGAAGAGAGGAACUUAUACAUCACCACCGUGACAAAUCCUUCACAACAUCUGGAUCUUUAAAAAUUCAUCAAAGAGUUCAAACUGGAGAGAAACCAUACAGCUGCAACCACUGUGAGAAAACAUUUUUGCGCUGCAGUGCCCUCAAAGCCCAUCAACGCAUUCACAUUGAAGGGGAACUGUCCGGUUUUUUCCAAAGUGGGAAGGAUUUCACAGAGUCAGGGACCUCAAAAAAACAAGACAUUGACACAGCAGAGAAACUGUUUAGCUGUGAUCAGUGUGAGAAAGCUUUCACCACUCUACAUAGCUUAAAAAGUCACCUGCGUGUUCACACUGCAGAGAAGUCGCACUGCUGUGACCAAUGUGGGAAAACGUUUUCACAACGAAUGUCCCUUGAAAAUCACCAAAGAAUUCACACAGGAGAGAAACUGUACGGCUGUGAUCAAUGUGGCAAAGCUUUCACAUGGUCAAGUAACUUGAAAGCCCAUCAACGCAGUCACACAGGAGAGAAACCAUACAGCUGUGAUCAAUGUGGCAAAGCUUUUAGACAUUCAGGUAGCUUGAAAACCCACCAACGUAUUCACACAGGAGAGAAACCAUACGGGUGCGACCAAUGUGGGAAAAAGUUUUCCCAAAUGGGACCCUUAAUAUCUCAUAAACAUAUUCACACAGGGGAGAAACGAUACAGCUGUGAUCAAUGUGGCAAAGCCUUUGCACAGUCAUGGGCCUUAAAAAACCACCAACGUAUUCACACAGGAGAGAAACCAUACAGCUGUGAUCAAUGUGGCAAAGCCUUUGCACAGUCAGGGGCCUUAAAAAAACACAAACGCAUUCACACAGGAGAGAAACCAUACAGCUGUGAUCAGUGUGGCAAAGCCUUUGCACAGUCAGGGGUCUUAAUAAGCCACCAACGUAUUCACACAGGAGAGAAGCCAUACUGGUGUGACCAAUGUGGAAGAUUAUUUGCCCGGUGCAGUACUUUGAGAACCCACCAAUGCCGGCAUGCAGGAGAGAACUCGUACAGCUGUGACUAGUGUGAGAAAGCUUUUAUUGAACAGUAUGACCUAGAAAUCCACCAACGUGUUCACACCAGAGAGAACCCGUCCUGAUGUGACCAAUGUUGGUAGUGACAUUAAAGCCCACAAAUGUGUUUACCCUGCAUUGUUUUGGACAUUUUCACGGCCAGGCAAACAUCUUCCUACUGCUUUCUCCUCAUGCCCUGAUAGCUAUGUUGAUAUCUUACUUUUGUCAUUGAUUAUUUUAUCUGUUUUUUAUUAUUUCAACUGUAACCCUAUGUUGGACCACCAGAUUCCUCCCUGUAGGACUCCCAUGUGUGAGAGCUGACCACAGACUUUUCAAAAUCAAUCAUGCAACUGUCCGGGGCAAUGUUGCGGCUUACAAUGCACCCGACCCUGAAGCGUAUCUCUGCGACUGGUGAGCCCACAGUAUGGUGACUCCAUGAUGAUCUUUGGGACUGUGCCCCACUGAGCCCCAUGAGUCAAGUUCAUGUAGAUAUGUAUAGGCUGAUUGACCAAAUAAGCAUUUGAAAACUGAUAUUGAUGCCUCUUACCAUGGCUGUAAUCAAAGUAUUUGCAUCAGCCUGAGACCUCUAUCACGGACAGGCUCUGCAGUCUCAGACGCUGACUCAACAUGCUGAAUGAAAUGUUUAGUGACUUGGACCACUUUGCCUCUCAAGACCCGACCAGGAGCAACGGCUGGGACACCACAGCUCCCAGUAUCACAGGGACAUGAAAACCCCUCCACAAUGUUCAGGUUUCCGGCUCAGACUGUUUGCUCCUGUUGAUGACAUCAGGACACCAAAGUCUUCUGAGCUCUGAGCAUCAUCAACAACUUAAAUAGCAGAUUAAUAUGAUGUAUGUUAUCAUGUGUAACAUAUUUGAUGUCUUAUCCAGUGUCUUGCAUGUGUCCUGUGUUUGUCCACAUGUAGAAGACAGCUGAGUUUUUCUUGCUGAGCUCCACCUGUAUAAAGACGGAGGCUGAGCAGGGCGGAGCUCUUCUUCUUUUUGACUCUUGUUGGAGGUACAGAGACAGAAGUUGAGUUGAAGCCUGUUUGUUUCUGUGUAGAGGAUUGUAAUGUCCAUAUCAUCAGAUGAGUUCAGCCUUUAAUAAAAAUAGUUUGUAGACUCUG